UAUUAUUUUUCUUGUGCUUUUCGUUGACGCGUCUAAGUAAAUCCACCACGAACCUUACACGUACUGGGGCAGUAAAAAAAAACGCAUUAGGCGAUGGAUUCUUUCAGGAAACGCGGAAGACGCGACUCUGAAGGUCUUGACGAACCUUCAGACGGAAUUUCCGCUGCAAAUACCCCAACUCCCUUGCCGCCUUCAUCUCCUCCUCCAGAGUUUUCUGAUGAAGAAGCAGAGGAGGCCGUCGUGGAGGAGGAAAUCGGCGAGUUAGAUGACGAGUUACCGGAUCCAAACGAAGAGGAUGGUGAAGAUUUAUUCGGUGAAGAUAUGGAAAAGGAUUAUGUUCAAAACCUGGAAUUGGAUCGGUAUGAUAUUGAUGACCUGGAUGACGAAAAUGAGUUUGAGACAAUGGACAUUGGCGAGCGCAGAGCCCUUGAGCAGAAACUGAAUGAGCGUGAUCAAAAGUCUGGAAAGGCUAGUGGAAAAGGAAAACCUGCUGCCUUCCUUCAGGAAGAUGAUGAAGAUUUGAAUUCGGAUUUUGGCUUUCCUUUCAAACAUCGUAAUCGCCAGUACGAUGAAUUGGAACCCACUGCAACAGUCAUGGACGAGGACGGAGAAUUGCAGUUAGAAGCUAUUGCUGAUGUGAAGGCAGACUCCAUUGCUGAGUGGGUUACUUUAGCUCCUGUUCGUAAAACCAUCGCACGUGAGUUUAAAAACUUUUUGCUCGAAUAUACCAAUGAAAAGGGUACUUCUGUUUACGGAAACCGCAUCCGCACACUCGGUGAGGUCAACUCUGAAUCACUUCCGGUUAACUACGCGCAUCUCGGUGAAUCAAAACCUGUUCUUGCAUAUUUCCUCGCAAAUGCACCCGCUCAAGUUCUUCGCAUAUUUGAUCGGGUAGCGCUGGAGGCUACGUUACUGCACUAUCCCGAUUAUGAACGCAUCCACUCCGAGAUUCAUGUCCGUAUCACCAAUCUGCCAACAUGUUUCACUCUUCGUGAAUUGCGUCAAUCACACUUGAACUGCUUAGUUCGGGUGUCUGGUGUUGUCACUCGCCGUACAGGUGUGUUUCCUCAGUUGAAACAUAUUCGUUUCAAUUGUACAAAGUGCGGUGCAACGCUUGGUCCUUUUUACCAGGAUUCGAGUGUUGAAGUUAAAAUUUCGUUCUGCUAUAAUUGCUCUAGCCGUGGCCCGUUCGUUAUUAAUUCAGAACGUACCGUGUACAAUAAUUACCAACGGUUGACGUUACAAGAAGCACCCGGUACUGUGCCCUCAGGUCGUUUACCAAGACACCGUGAGGUUAUUUUGUUGGCUGAUCUUAUUGACAGUGCAAAGCCUGGUGAGGAGAUUGAGGUUACAGGAAUUUACCGCAACAACUUCGAUGCAAGUUUAAAUACUAAAAAUGGAUUCCCUGUUUUCGCAACAAUCAUCGAGGCCAACUAUGUCUCACAGCUUGAUGGUUCUAACGGGCAGGAGGAUGAAGCAUCUCUGACUCGUUUAACGGAUGAGGAAGAACGUGAAAUCCGCGCAUUAUCCAAAGACCCAAAAAUUAUCGACAGAAUCGUUGCUUCAAUGGCACCUUCUAUCUAUGGCCACAAAGCCAUUAAAACUUCAAUUGCUGCUUCUCUGUUUAGUGGUGUCCCAAAAAACAUUAACGGAAAGCAUAAAAUUCGUGGUGAUAUUAACGUUUUAUUACUCGGUGAUCCUGGUACGGCAAAGUCCCAGUUCUUAAAGUACGUUGAAAAAACCGCUCAUCGUGCCGUUUUUGCGACGGGUCAGGGUGCUAGUGCAGUAGGUUUAACAGCCUCUGUUCGUAAGGAUCCGGUAACGAGUGAAUGGACACUGGAAGGCGGUGCCUUGGUUUUGGCUGACAAAGGUGUUUGCUUAAUUGACGAAUUUGACAAAAUGAAUGACCAGGACAGAACUUCCAUCCAUGAGGCUAUGGAACAACAAAGUAUUUCCAUUUCCAAAGCUGGUAUCGUUACCACCCUGCAGGCUCGUUGUUCCAUUAUCGCUGCUGCUAAUCCUAUCGGUGGACGCUACAAUACAACCGUUCCUUUUAACCAAAAUGUUGAGCUUACCGAGCCCAUUCUUUCACGUUUCGAUGUGCUUCAAGUUGUCAAAGACACUGUAAAUCCGGACAUUGAUGAACAACUUGCACAAUUUGUUGUUUCAAGUCACUUGCGCUCUCACCCACUUUUCGAUCCGAAUAUUGAUGUGCUGACGAAAUUACCCAGUGACUUGGGUUUGGACGUAAAACCAAUCGAACAAAAUCUGUUACGAAAAUACAUUUACUACGCUCGCGAAAGAAUACAUCCUCGUCUGCAACAAGUGAAUGAGGACAUUAUUUCGAGCUUGUACAGUGAUAUGCGUAGGGAAUCAUUGGCAACUGGCAGUUAUCCUAUCACCGUCCGUCAUCUUGAAUCCGCAAUUCGGCUCAGUGAAGCAUUUGCCAAGAUGGAACUCAGCGAUUUUGUGCGCAAUUCGCACAUUAACCGGGCUAUUCGUCUUACCAUUGACUCAUUCAUUAACGCCCAAAAGUUGAGUGUUAAACGUGCCUUGUCAAGGAAGUUUGCUCGUUAUCUUGUUUAAAAAAUUCCCACAUACGAUCGUUUUUAAAUACCAUGUAUUAUCUAGUUUAGUUUCAAUGAUAAUGUUUUCGCUUUUUACUUUUUCAGGUAUUUAAUAAACGCUGACAUAUCGCAGAAAAUAUUGUUCUAAAC